CAUCUGCUAUAACAAUAAAAAUGGCAGAUAUAAAUGAAGCAUACGGCAUAACAAUAGGAAUGGUAGAAGUGAAAUAUGUGGCAUCCACAGUAGCGAUAAAAAUGAUGAAAGUAACCGUGUGA